UAAAGGAGGAGUGGGGGAGCGGCGCGAGGAAGAAAAUGGCCGACAAGGCAACGGUAAAAGGGCAGGGACGUCGAGUGAGAUACGUGUUUCGGGAGAAAGAAAUGCGAAAUCCGUGUUAGAUCUUAUGAAACCAGACGGGAAGUAUUAGUAAAACGAUCGUGUUAUUGCUUCUUUUGGUGGUGUGUUCAAAUAAAAUAUUGUCGGACUAGUCUAUUGUAUUGGUGUAUUAAUUUAUUGUUUAAAAAAGCGUUCGCGGGCCGUGUGUAAGAAUAAAAGGGCUUGAUAGACGUAAACAUAAAUUAUGCGUUAGUUUAUGUAUAUUUUUUGUCGGCCGAUUAUACUUAUAUUCUACACAUAGAUAGUUUCAAAAAAAGUUACAAGAGUUAUAAUAUUUUACAAUGGCAGUUAGGUAGUUUUAAUGGUUUGCUCAGCGCUUUUUUAAAUAUUGAGCACAUUUCCAUCAAAUUGAAAAUGUAAAGAAAACAAUCAUAAUGAAGCCACAGAAAAAGGCAGCAGUUGCCCGGAAGGCAACAAAGAUGCCAACAAUUGCUAAAAAACGUCGAUCAUUUUUAGAAAAGUCUAUAUCUGAUAUAAGAAAAGAGAAAAAGCCUAAGAAGCUUGAGAAGGGGGAGGAUGCAAAAAGAAAAAUAGAAAGUGAUAAAAAGAAAUCAGAAAAAACUGAGGAAAGAAAGAAGAUAGAAGAUAAGAAAAAGAUUGAAGAAAAGCGAAAAGAAAAAUCUGAAAGAGUGGAUGAAAAAAAGAAGUGUAUAAAAGAUUAUGAAAAGAAGUGGGAAAAAACUGAGGAAAAGAGAUCAGAUAAAACAGAUGAGAAGAUCACAGAUGAGUGUACUUGCGACAGUGCAGAGAAAAAGAAAUUACAAAAAAUGGAAGAGAAGCCAAAAGUAGAUAAACAACUAAUGGAAAAUAAGAAGAAACCUGAAAAACUAGAAGACAAAAAGAAAUGUGGUAAAUUUGAUGAUGAAAAUGUAGAGGAACAAGCGAAACUUUCAAAUGUUACAGAAGAGAAUGAUUUGCACGAGGAAAAGUUAGAUCACCUUUGUACCAUUGUGAAGAAAAAAUGUAAAGAUGAGAAAAAGAAAGAUUCAAAAUUGAUGAAGCCUGAUAUCAAGGAAAAUAUGAAAAUAUCUGUGAUAAAAGAUAAGAAAUCAGAUCGUAAAAAGCUCCUUGAGAAAGGUAUGAUAAAUACUAAAUCUCCCUUAGGACGAACUAAAAAAGAUUCUAAGGCAAAAUCAAUGCAAAAAAAAGGUAUUUCUAGAAAGACUGUUUUAGCUAAAAAAUCACAUUUAUCGGUAGUUCAAAACCUGGUGGAUAAAAAAAUUAAACUAAGCAAAUUGGUAAAAGAUGAAGAAACAUCUGUAAGUGAAGAGGAUGAAACAAUGAAAAGAACAAAAAGAAAAAAUGUUAAUAUUUCUAAAAACAAAAUUAUGCAAGAGAAAAAACCAAAAUUAGGAAAACAUAUGAAAGCUAAGUUGCCUUCAAAAAGUAAUAAAAUAAAUACUGCACUAAAAAAAGAUGAUAAGCUAAAAACACUUGUAGAAAAAGUUAUAUCUAAGAAAAGAUUGGAUGCAAAAGAAACAGAAAAAUUAACAAAUGAACAUAAGAAGAUUAUAACUAAAGAUGAAUUAAAUGAAGAAGUAAAUACAACUAAUAUAAAAAGCGAAUUGGAAGACGAUAAAGACAUUGAUAAAAGUAGUAAAGAAGAACAAUCUCAAUCAAAAUCACAAGAUAUUAAAAAGAUUGUUAAAUGUGCUCCAAAAAUAGGGAAAAAGAUAAUGAAAAAGAAAGUUGUGAAAGUACAAAUAGAGAACACUAGCCAAACUUCUUCUUCUUCUGAGGAAACAUCAUCCGAGGAAUCUAGUAAACAAAUAAAAGUUUGUGAAGAUAGCUCAAAUGAUAACGCAUCUUCUAAACAAGAGCAAGUUGAUAGUGAAAAUAUACUUGACACAAACUUGAAAGAUGAACCGAUUAAUGGGGACAAUAUAAGUGGCAAUACGUUAUUGUCAGAAUCAGAAGAUGAAAGUGAUGAUGAAACAAAAAAAAAUAAGCAGAAAGAAAUUAAAAAAAAAGAAAGAUCCGGUUCACCAUCUGAUGAACGUGUUAGAAGAAUGAGAUUGUUUGGAUUUUGGAGUGGACCAAAACGAUAUAGAGUAGCUUCCCUGAAUGCAUUGGCCAAAGUACAUUGUUUAUAUGAAAAUGAAACUGGAGGGGUUUAUCUUGGUGGUUUCUGCAAACCAAAGCCUGAAAAGGAAAAACAAAAGAAAAAUAAAGAGGAGAAAGAAGAGCAAAUUCGUAAAGAAAAAGAAAAGAAGGUAGAAACUAAAGCAGAAGAAAAUAUCCCAAAAAGGAAACUCAGGAAUGUACCAGGAUUACGUGGAAAGCAUUGGGAUAUGUUAGAAAGUUCGUCAUCUUCAUCUUCUUCUGAUGAUGAGUGUGAACGUGAUAAAAAUAUGGAACAUAACAAGAAAAAAAUAAUCAAACGAAGAAAGAAAAAUGAAGAAGUAAUGGAUCUAAAGGAUAUGGUUGUUUGUAAAAGAAUGGCAAGCCUCAAUGCUACAGCUAUUCUAGCUGCUUCCUACUCAGAUGAAAAAAAUCGUUGUGGUAGCAGUUCUGAUUCUUCCAGUGAAUCAGAAGUGGAAAUUAUUAAAAAGCGUAAACAAAAUGAUUCUGACAUUGAGAAACGAAAGUCAAGGCAAAAUCCAGAACAAGAUGAAGUUCUAAAACCAUCUAAUAAACUUGUUAUUGUGAACCAAGACACAGAUGUUACUAUUACUGGUGUUUAUGUUAAUCAAACUCGAUCUACGCAUCAUGAAGGUUAUUGCAGUAUUGCUGGCAUGCAAUAUAGAAUAAGUUCAACAAGUCAUACUCAAACUGCAGCUACUGCAGUUGCUACUGAGCUCCAUGAUCAGCAAAAAUUGGAGCAACCUUGUAAAUCAUAUACACCUUUGGGGGCGCUAUCUUCUAUGCAACCACCAGGGAGUCAGAGUAAUCAUCCAAAUAUGUCACCUAGAAGACAUUCUGCAUUUUCAGCACCACAUCAACAUGGAUAUUAUCAGCCGGCUGGACCACUGAUACAGCACCCACCAACUUUACCACCUAUUAAGGGACCUCCGCCAGAACCAACACCUACACCUCCACAGAAUUCUGAAGGCUCAGAUGAUUUAGUUGCAACUUCUACAACUUCUGGAGGAACAAGCAGUACAGGAGGUGGAUUUUAUAGGGCAUAUUGCCCUCAAUACUAUGGUACACCACCACAAUAUGCAGAUUUGUGUUAUCCACCAACAUAUUCUCAUCCACAUGCUCAUCCACCGCCUUAUUAUAAAUAUGCACCCACUUAUAGAAGGUACCUUUUCAGGCAGUAUUAUGGAUAUCAGGAAUCUGGUGGAGGCGGCGGUCCUGGUAGCGGUGGUACUGCAGGAGGUCCAGCAGUUGUUGAUUAUCAGCCACCUCCACCGCCACCUGGUGAAUACCCCCUGCCACCAUAUUAUGGAGGAUAUCCUCCACCUCCACCACCACCUCCUCCACCACCCAAUCCGGCAUAUUUGCAUUCUCAGGGAAGACCUUUUGUAGAUCAUGCAGCCUUCCAGGGUUGCCCAUGCCCGAUGCAGUCUUGUCCAAAAAACGUGGAUACUGGGCCCCUUAUUGGUAAUGGUAAGGGAGCGCCAGUGGUAUCGGGGCCCGGUCUGUCAUUGCCGCCCAGUGCUUUGGUAGGUCCGCCCUCGCCGGCGAGGGGGCUAGCCGGGCUAGCGCCGCCUCACGGUGCCAAUGCCUGGGAUACGGAUCGCGUCCAACUUAACACUCAUCGCAACCUGAAUCAGAACCAACCGUCGGUCCCUCCGUCUCACAAUCUAGUCGGUGGACAUAAUCGCCCGCAAAAUUCGGAUUGUAAGAAUAAGGAUGAGAAGGAUUGUUCAGAGGAUAAGCUACAAAAGUGCGGAUGUCAGAAACAUGCAUGUACAUCAACCUGUGAAGUCAAAUUGGAGACUCUUUCACCAUCUGAAAAGCUAGCAGUAACAAUAUGUUCAAGUAACAAAUUUCAUAAUUUUAAGUUGGAAAAUAAUAAUGUGAAAUGUGAAUCCUGUAGUGUGGAAAUGGGCGACAAUGUGUCCUGCGUUGCAAAUUGUAACGUUAAAUGUGAAUCAGAUUACAAGUGCGAUAUCAUGAAAUGUGAACAAUGUAUGAAGGAAGGGCAAAUGGCCAUUCUUGAAAUUGAUAAAGAUUCUGGAAUAUUACUUGAUGAUAAAUUGGAUGCAGAUCCAGAUGUUAAGGAGGAAUUGAGUGAUGUUGUUACGAUCGAUAGUGAAAGCUGGAAAAAACCGGAUUAUGAGCCAACUGUACAAGAAACUAUCGAGGAAACUAUAGAUAAAGAAAGUACAGAAAAACCAGAAAUAGAAGAAGAACAUCCAAAAUGUCAAAAAGUAUCGAAAAGAAAAUUAUCUUUGGAUAGUUUAUCCGAUAGUAGGAAAAAAAGGAAAGUAAGCAAAAGGACUCUUUCCGUUGGUUCUUCGCAAGAUUUGAAUAAUAGUGAUUUUUCAACCAAAAUUUCUAUACCAAUUUUACCACUUAUAAAAAAGGUUGAUAACAACAGCGAUGAAAGUGUUUCGAAGAAAAAACAACCUAAAAAAGAUAAUCAAAAUCACAAACGUAAAGUAGAGUAUCCAAAUUGUUCAGAAAAUACAACAAAGAAGUCAAAAACUUCUAAACAAAGUACAAGUAACAAUAUUCCAAAUUAUUUGAAGCGUGCUGCCAGUGAUAAUUCUAUUAUGGAAACUAUUAAUAAUGUUAUUCAACAAAGUUUACAGAUGACACAGAAAAGAGAUCGUAAAAGCAAAAAUGUUGAAAAACCAGAGAAAAAGAAAGAGGUAAACUUAUUGCCAGCAGCGAAGAAGGUUGUUAAAAAAGUUGAUUUAGUAAAAGAAUUGACAUCAGAAAAAUUGUCAAAGGUAAUUACUAAGAGUAACCAAUCCAAAAGUAGAACGGAAACACGAACAAAAUCAAGAACACACGAGAAGAAUAAAUAUAAAGGGAAAGGAAAAUCCAAAGUAUAUGAAGCGAAAACAAAGGAUAAUGGUAAAAAGCCUGACAGUACAACAAAAUCUAAAACAUAUGACAUUCAGGAGUCUUGUAAGAAACCAGCAUUGAUAAAAAAGAAGCGAAAAAAUCCGAAGAAACUGUCUGUGAAAAAAUCUAGCUCCAAAAUCGAAGAUUGCUUAGUAGGAAGCGAAAGCCUACUAUUAACCAGAAAAACGUUUUUAAAACCCAAAUGGAGUAACGGUUGGAGUUGGGAAGGUGAUCCAUUCGAAGCCAAAGUUUAUUUAACGAAUGAAGAAUCGGCUAUACGCCGAUGUUAUGCGAGCAUGAAACAUGAAAGUGGUGAUGUUCUAAGACCUCGUGAUUGCGUUUUACUAAAAAGUGGCCCACGAAAAGCAGAUUUACCAUUCGUAGCAAAAAUUGCUGCACUAUGGGAAAAUCCAGAUGAUGGUGAAAUGAUGUUUUCUUUGUUAUGGUACUACAGACCUGAACAUACCGAGCAAGGUAGAACUCAAUAUGAUACCGAAGACGAAGUUUUCGCUUCACGGCAUCGAGAUGCAAAUAGUGUUGCUUGUAUAGAAGAUAAAUGUUAUAUUUUGACAUUCAAUGAAUAUUGUCGGUAUCGUAAGAAUUUACGAAGAAUCGAAGAAGGGUUAGAAAGCCCCGGUUUAAUAGUUCCGCCGGGUGAUCAACUAUAUCCAAGAGAAAAUCGGCAGCCUCCGAUACCAGUACCCUCGGAUAUGGUUCUCUUUUGUCGACGCGUUUACGAUUAUCGCGGUAAAAAACUUGUUAAGAAUCCUGGAUGACUCGAUUUUUUAUAAACUGCUUCGUGCUGGAACCAAUGGAAUGCACAAAAUUUGCUGCAUAAAUUGAAACUGAACGUAGGUCUCCCUUCAAGCGUAAUAGGCAUAUUGAUGAGAUUAUUUUGAUUUUAAAGAUCAAUGAAUUUUCAUCGAUGUUUUCGAUAAUUGUUUUUGAAUCUUUAUGUAUAUAGAAAAAUGUUUAUACAGGUAUAAAUGCAUUUUUUUUUAUAAUUAAGGGUUACGGAUCACGAAUAGAAUUUUCUACUUGUAUGUUACCUAUUUUAUACAAUGGUUAUUUGGAAGGUAAAUUUCACUGCUUAAAAAGGUCUUACAUUUUUAAGGGAAAUGAGAAGAAAUAGAUUCUUGACAUAUAAUGACGCAAAAUAGUCGAAUUCUUAAAGGCAUCAAUAUAAAAAAGAUAUAUAAUUAAUAUUACGUUAAAGUGGGUAAUUAUUAUAUAUACUUAUAAGAUAGAUAUCGUUGCUUUACUUAUUUUCUUACUUGCGAUACGAUAAAAGUCUUCGAUCUUUUAUUAAUUCUGGCAAUAAACAUUCUGAAACUCAUAUCUAAAUCUAUGACGAAGAUAGCAUAAAAGUGUAUAGAAUUCGUUAUACCGCACCGCGAGUAUCCAAAUGAAUAAUCAAGUUAUUGCAAUAUUCAGUAUUGCUUGACAAUGAAAAUACCAUUUGACGUGAAUCGGAUGUUUACGUGUCAAAGCAAUCGGUGCGAUCAUUCUUUCAUCAAUACGGGUUGUUUUACCGCAAAUGGAUACGUUAUUAGGGAGAUGAUAGAAUUUGACAAUUUUAUAUAGAGAGUCCUAUUUUUUGUGAAAUAGUAUUUACGAUAUUUAAACGAGUAUUUUUCACAUUGGGGAUACAAAUACGUAUAUGCUAUGUAUCAUUAUGGCGCCCUUCUUGGAGGGGACCUUCGAACAGUUUCAAGGUAGAAAUCAAACGCCUGGGGUAUUUGACCAUCUAGUGAAAAUAGUAAUGUAUGCACUAUGCACUGUGUUCUAUGGGUGAGAUGAAAGCGGACACCAAGCAGGAAACAGAACACACUUCCAUUGUCUUACGAUGGUUCACGAGAUCCAUGCAUAUGCAUUAUUUUAUUACACAGAGAUAAUGUAAGUUUCAUUUUUAAUAACGGUCAUUUAUAACGAAGUGUCGAGAAAUGGAAUUGAUCUGAUUAAAAUUUAACUGAAACACUAAGUUUCGCGUACUCGAGCAGUUACAAAACUUUCUUGGAAAUUAUAGAGUUCUAAUUUAAAUUUAUCAAACUGCCAUAUCACAGUAAAUAUUUCAUAAUUCUUUCCGUUGUAAAUUUAUAAAUAUCUAUUUAUUGCUUUUUACGAUUUUAAAUGAAAUAAAAUCUUACCGAGUACGUAGAACUAUUAUUCAAAAAAGAUAGAUGAUUCGAGUGAUUUAGAAUGAUAAUUCACAUUCGAUCACUGCGUGGAAUAAAACGGUAUUUUGUAAACUUCUCUUUUGUUUUAAUGAAAUUAUAUUUUUCUUAUUGCAACUUUUUAAUCGGAAAAUAUUGUCCUUUUUAACGGUAUUUGUACUCUAACCCGUCACGUACUUGUACAUUUCCUAUGACAAGCAUUAACGUUUAUUUAAUUUCUUUAGAAUCACAAUCUCUAUUCUGUUGGGGAAAGUGUGGUCAUACCUAUAAUAAUCUCCUGUAUCCUUAUUAUUUCGAGUCAUAUGUUAUUCGUUAGCGUCAUAUAUAGUCAAUGUAUCGCAUCGUAGUAUGCCAAAAAUGUAUUUGUGAAUUACAAGGAACCUUACGUUAGCCAAUAAUAUAAUUAUAUUACACAAGAGUUUAUAAUAACGAGUAGUAGAAACCUUAAGAAUGCAAUUAUUUUUACUGAAAUUCCAAAUAAGAAUAUCGUCGAAUAUCAUAUAUUUUUGAUUAUUUGUUGAGUGGCGGGUGUUUUGUUAGAAAUUAUAUUAUUUAAAAUUAAUAUAUUGAUGAUACGAUUAUUAUUUAAUACCUAAUAUAUUGGAUAUAGAUAUUAAGUUAUUUCCGAUAGAACGAAAUAUUGUAUGUAGUAUAAUAGAUAGGGGAAGGGCAGAGCGCCCGUGAUUGUUCCUGUCCUGUGUAUGCGUGUGUGCGAUGCGGAAAUAAUAAUGGCAAAACGUUGAAAAAAAAAAAGAAGAAAGAAACAAAAAGAAAAAAAUAAUUAAGAAAUGCAAUAUGAUAAGGAACAUGUUUAAAGAUAAAGAUUUAUAUAAUAUAUCAAAUCAUUUUUUCAUUUUUCGAAAUCCUUUUAUGGCAAUUUAAUAUAUUUUAUAUUUAUUAUUUUAUCUAUACCGAUCAAUUAGAUAUGAUCAAUAAAUAUAUUGGUAAGAAAGCAUGUUAGCAUUAUCUACGUGUGUACAUACGUAGAUGAAGAAUUAUGUGAGAGUAUCAUCGUGCGCCGUAUGAUGGAAGAGAAACGGAGGAAUACGAACACGCUUUACCUUUGUAUCCCGUUUUAAUCGGUAACGAUCGAGCCUAAAUAAAAUGGUAGCGGUAUGAACGAAAUGCGGCGCAUGUAGAUGCAUCAUGUACCGUUCUUGCGAUCUUUUACAAAUAGUUUUAUAUUCGUUUUUAUCGCAUAAGUGAGAUCGCAUCACGUAUGCGACUAUGAUGCGCCGAUGCAUUUUGUCAGGAUAAUCGAAAUUGUCCAAAGGUCGAGCCACAACAUGUAAACAUUGUGUAACUCGCAUAUUUGUGUAGAUCUAACAAUAAGCGCGAUUUCACCGCUACGCGUCUCUGACAGAAAGAAAGACGAACCAGCAGCUUUUCUUCACUGCGCAAACGAAACAAAUAUAUAGAUAUACUUCAACGAUGGUUAAUGUGGGAACAUUGCAGAAAAAAACAUGAAACAAAAACGUUGCAUAUCGUCUGUUCAUUUAACGUAGCCGACAAAUUUUCAUCGAGUAUAUCGACAAAUUUAAUCGUUUAAGUCUGUAGAGGUAUAUGAUUCGUGUGUGCGAAGCUCUUCAACUUAAACACCCGGCAUUCGCUUUAAUCUUUAAUGAAAAUAUGUAGAAUUUACCGUUGGCGAACGAUUAAUCAGUGGACUCUCCGUUAAUUACGGCGGAGUCUGUUGAUUUCUUCAUUCGAUUUGUCUUCGUUAAUCUCAGCUUUUUGCCAAUUCAUGUAUCCCGUAAACGUGUAUGCCUUUUAUAUUUUCAGUAUGAUGAAAGUCAUGUACUUCUUUUUUUUUCUUUUUUCCCCGUUCAGUCAAUACACAUAAUACGCACGUAUCUGACAAACUAAACGCUUGGCGAUAUCUCUUCGCUCGUUUUUAACAUAUUUUUAUGUAAGAUACCAUGUAACGACAAGUUUAAUAUCGAUCGAUGUCGAUAUCGAUUCUCCUUUUACGGUUCAUUGCAGUAUUAUGUAUACAUAAUAUUUUUCUAUGUAUCGAUCAGUUUGAACAUAUAAUUGUGGCAUACGCGACGAGAAUAACAACUUUUAUUACUAUCACUUUUGUGCAUUUUAACGAUCAUUUUAUCGAUGAUAUUGAAAUUGAAUAUCGUUUAAUGGCGUUUAAAACAGUCCGGGCAACAAUUUCAAAUAAAUUUUAACGUAUAAAAGAGGAUAUAUUUAAGAAAUUGUUGUUCUGAUUAUUUCCCAUUAAAUUUGAAUUAUAUUCGACAUUAUAGAAAAAUGCUGGUAAUCGAUUAGUUGAAAUACAAUUGACAUUCAUGUGUAUACAGGGUGUUUCAUGGAUUGUAAAUUAACCUCUAAUGGGGAAUUUUAGUACACUGUGCUUUUUGUACUUUGCAAACAUAUCUUCUUUUAUUUUAAACGUAUUCUAAUCUAAUCUAACGAAAUCGCCCUCCAGUUUGGUACAAUAAUUUAAUAUUUAUACAGCUAUUAAAAGUUUGUCAUAAAUAGA